UAUAAUGUCCACAAUUCGGUUGGUCCACCGCCUUGUGCGGCCGCCAAUGUCGCAUCUCUCAUCCACGAGAUCCGCGGCUCGUUCAUUUAGUGCGGCAUUUCACCCGCAAGCCAACAAGGAUAGUGAUCGAGCUCACUCGACUACACCGCAGCACCGGGUGAACCAAACGGACAAGCCUCCCAAUCCAGCUGUGCCGAGUACGACCUCAACAUUGACCAAGGAUUUCCCCAAAGCUGGAGAGAAGAAUCCUCCACCAGAUCUCCUAAACUCAGCCGAUCCGAACUACAAGCCUGUGGAUACUUACCCCGGGAAAGUUGAACACUACACGGGAGGCAGACAGCAGCAUGGAGCGCAGAAGCCAGAACUUGAGGUUGGUGAGAUGGAGGGCAUCACGUUCAAGGUUGAGCCACUGAGGCGGGUUGGGGAGGAUAUAUCAACCAUGAGGGCUCGCCUGCUGUACCAGAGUCGGAAGCGAGGUAUUCUCGAGUCCGACCUGCUGUUGUCUACUUUUGCCGACGUUUAUUUAGCCGACAUGAACAAGGAGCAGCUGCAAGAAUACGAUCGGUUCCUUGACGAGAAUGACUGGGACAUCUACUACUGGGCGACCCAGGAUCCCCCGGCUGAGGGCGGCGCUAAAUCAGACGUUUCCAAGGACACCCCAACCGAAACAUGGCAACGCACCGGGGCCAAAAGUGGCGAGUGGGCGCAAACAGUUGGUGCCUUUAAGGCUGCGUACCGGCCAGUACCGUCGCGAUGGGCGGACUCUGAUAUCCUGAGACUAUUGAGACAGCAUGUUCGGGAUAACAGUGCCAAUGGUUUCCAUGCGGCAAAGAACAGGAAGACGGGCGGAGGUGGCUUGAACAGAAUGCCUAACAUCCAGAUCUUCAACAACUGAACGGCCCAGUUAUCAAGAGCUAGCGCUUGAGCUUGAUCUUUGUACAAUAUGGUUUCCUGUUUUGUUUCUGGGGGGAAUAUAUAUGGGCGCUUCAAGAAUGCUGCAUAGAACAGAAUUUACAAUUAAAACAAAUAUAUAAGACGUACCAAAAG